GUUUGCCUUCCUGUCUCGCUCUCUCUACUGGUUUGACUAACAACACUGUUUAGCUCGACUUGCUCUCUGCAUGCUACGUCUCAGACUACAGAACCGACCAUGACUUUAUGUACAAGUCAGAUCUACCUCAGGACGAACAGAAGUCGAUUCCGACCUUGUCCAUCAUACCUCCUUUACCUAGAGGAAGUCCAUUAUUCAUGGCAUAUGCACCGACAAGACCCUCCGACCAUAACCCACCAUUUAUCGGUCAAUAGUAUCACUAGUAACCCGAUCACCAUCUCCACCUACAACCCGUGUACCCGACAUCCAUCUUAUCAUCGUUAUCUCGGAUCCUGCGGGAGCCGCAAGACAGCGAAGCGCCUAUUUCCACUGAAUUGGCUUCCACUACUACGUUCGUGGACCGAGAUAUCGGUAGGAAGCACGAUCGCAGACUUCAUACUAGAAUUGAACAAUCAGUUCAUGCGCUGGCAGCUGACUGAUGCACAUGUUAAUAUGCUGUUCCUGAGCAAAGACAUUGUUCGACCUCUGUUUGAACCAUCUAUCCUAUACGUGAAUGACAUGUACGAUUAUCGUGUAACCAGAAGCAGACCAUGAGUAGUAGAGCCUCUAUCCCUCUGUCCCGGGACCAUCAUUCUCCGGUACGGUUAAGUAAACAAACG